CUUGAAACUAUUUUGAUGGAAUAUGAGAGCUAUUAUUUUGUAAAAUUUCAGAAAUACCCCAAAAUUGUCAAAAAGGCAUCAGACACAGCGGAAAAUAAUUUACCACAAAGAAGUGGAGGGAAGACCAGAAGGGUGAUGAGCGACAGUUGUCAAAAUCUUCCCAAGAUCAGUCAGCAGAGGCCACGGUCCAGAACCACGGUGGGGAAGCCAGGGGAUGCCAAAUCCGUCCAUAAGGAGCAUCCUAAACAGGAGCCUAUCAAUAAUACUCCCAUGGAGGGCGCUGACUUUGGCUUGAGUAUAUCAGGAAUCCCCAAAGGCAGCGGAGAAGAAAACGUCCGCCCACAAAAAGGCCAAAUCAUUGACUUCCGAGGACUGCUCACAGAUGCCAUCAAAGGAGCAACCAGCGAAGUUGGCUUGAACAGCCUUGACUGUAACCCAGACCCCUCAGAACGAUUGUUGAAACCUCUGAGUGCAUUUAUUGGCAUGAAUAGUGAGAUGCGAGAAUUGGCAGCCGUGGUGAGCCGGGACAUUUAUCUCCAUAGUCCAAACAUAAAGUGGAAUGACAUUAUUGGACUCGAUGCAGCCAAGCAGUUAGUCAAAGAAGCUGUCGUGUACCCUAUAAAGUACCCACAGCUGUUUACAGGAAUUCUCUCCCCCUGGAAAGGACUGCUGCUCUAUGGCCCUCCAGGUACAGGGAAGACUUUACUGGCCAAAGCUGUGGCCACGGAGUGCAAAACAACCUUCUUUAACAUUUCUGCGUCUACCAUUGUCAGCAAAUGGAGAGGGGAUUCAGAAAAACUUGUUCGGGUGUUAUUUGAACUCGCCCGCUAUCACGCCCCCUCCACCAUCUUCCUGGACGAGUUGGAGUCAGUGAUGAGUCAGAGAGGCACGGCUCCUGGGGGAGAACAUGAAGGAAGCCUCCGGAUGAAGACAGAGUUACUGGUGCAGAUGGAUGGGCUGGCUCGCUCAGAAGAUCUCGUGUUUGUCUUAGCAGCUUCUAACCUGCCAUGGGAGCUGGACUGUGCCAUGUUACGCCGCCUGGAGAAGAGGAUUCUGGUUGAUCUCCCCAGCCGGGAGGCCAGGCAGGCCAUGAUCCACCACUGGCUGCCCCCUGUGAGCAGGAGCAGAGCCCUGGAGCUGCGCACAGAGCUGGAGUACGGCGUGCUGAGCCAGGAGACUGAGGGCUAUUCGGGCUCAGACAUUAAGCUUGUCUGCAGAGAAGCAGCCAUGCGGCCUGUGAGGAAGAUCUUCAGCGCACUUGAAAAUCACCAGUCAGAGAGCAGCAAUUUACCUGGAAUCCAGCUGGAUACAGUGACCACUGCCGACUUCUUAGAUGUGCUAGCUCACACCAAGCCUUCAGCAAAGAAUCUGACUCAGAGAUACUCAGCCUGGCAAAGUGAGUUCGAGUCCGUAUGA